AUGCCUAUCCUGGUUCUGGUUACAAUAUAUGGUGCCGUAUUUCCAUCUUCAGAGACAGCUGCAGGUGGAAACUAUAACCUGCACUUUCUAUCGGCGCAUUUCCGACGCGAACUGGUCCCAGAUAGGCGCCUGUUUAACGCUUCGACCUUGAAUUAUCCUAUCCCACCGUAUUCGCUAAGGCCCUUGACUGCUAUGAGCUUUUACCUACCACAGGCAGGUUUCUUGUGGAGCGAUGAGCUUGUUUGGAGUGAAAUUUACGGGGUUUACAGUACAUUAUCGGUUUAUGAAAAGGAUAUCAAAGACUCUCAACGUCAAGAUGAUGGCCGUGAGCCUCCGCCUUACCGCUUAUUCCUCCGAGAUAAAUUUAAUCGGCGAUAUCCAUGGUCAUUUAAACCAGCAGGGCUGAACAAUAGCAACGCUCACCUCCACCCUGCCAUCACGGAUGGCUUCUUACGCGAAAAUGAGGUCGUGUUCAUUCAAAGUGGAAUCAAUAACCGCUAUUUGGGGGUACAGAGGGGAGUACAGUCAGUUAUUGACCAGGAACUGGGGGUGGAGUUUGAAAGAGCCAAAGACGAGUUCGUUCGACAUCGGGUUGGGGCAUUUGCUGAGGGGACUGAAGACUCUAUAUGGAUUUUGCAAUAUGAUCCAUUCUCCGACAAUGGGUUCCGGUUAUAUAAUCCUGCUCACAGAUGCCAUCUAGCGUCCAGCUUUCGCACAUUCCCCGAUUACGACGGCGACCGCAAUAACAGCACAAUUAUGAUGCAGCUGGAUCUAGAGCUGGAAGUAACUUGUACUUCAGACGCGAAUGAUUCGGCAUCCAGAAUGUACAUCCUUGAAGGCAUGACCUCGAUACAGCAAACUCCCACCGGGCGGGGAACUAUGCAUGACCACCUUCGCACCUCCACCGACGCCGUGACAUAUUUUUAUUAUCGAGGUCUCUCUAUCCUCCAAGCAACCUACAGCCUUGCACGCUUCCGAGCACUCUACGCUAAAACCCAGGAUACAACGCCGCCUUUACUUGAAUUUAUACGUCCCACGGUCACGCGCGUAGACGACCCUGCGGAGUAUUUCUGCGUAUUCUUUGUGGCUCUUUACUUUCUCCUGUGCGUUUAUCAACGCCGCCAACCGCAUUGUACACCUAAAGAUGGACGAAAUAACCAUUUACCAAUGCUGAGUCUCACCGAUAUAAACUAUAUAAGCGGUGUGGCUUUCAUUCUGAUACGGCUUAUGUGGACUCGAUUACUUUCAAAGCAGAUGGAAUACGCUCCACGGUUACCAGUGCUGAUCAGUGCAAUAUUAUUACUGCGGCUAUUUUAG